CGGCAGCGUAGCCGGUGAUUGGCGGACGGUGGCGGAAGGAGCUGGCCGCUGGGGGGGGGGGGGGAAAGAUGGCGGCGGUGCUGGAAGUGGAGGUUGGAGGUCCCGUCGACCGCGAUGUGGAGGAGGUUGAUCUGUCACACUUGUCCCCAGAGGAGAGAUGGAGGGUGGAGCAUGCACGGAUGCACGCCAAGCACCGCGGUCACGAGGCUAUGCACGCCGAAAUGGUCCUCAUCCUUAUCGCCACGCUCGUGGUGGCACAGCUCCUGUUGGUUCAGUGGAAACAGAGGCACCCUCGCUCCUACAACAUGGUGACCCUCUUCCAGAUGUGGGUAGUGCCUCUGUAUUUCACGAUCAAGCUGUACUGGUGGCGGUUCCUGGUCAUCUGGGUGCUCUUCUCAGCAGUCACAGCUUUUGUCACCUUCAGGGCAACUCGAAAACCUCUGGUACAGACAACGCCCAGGCUGGUUUAUAAAUGGUUUCUACUAAUAUACAAGAUCAGCUAUGCCACUGGAAUCGUAGGGUACAUGGCUGUGAUGUUUACACUUUUUGGUCUUAACUUAUUAUUCAGAAUCAAACCAGAAGACGCGAUGGACUUCGGCAUCUCCCUCCUCUUCUACGGUCUUUACUACGGGGUGCUGGAGCGGGACUUUGCCGAGAUGUGUGCGGAUUACAUGGCCUCCACGAUCGGGCCCCAAAAGCCGAGGCUAGGUGGCGCGGGACGCUCGCCCUCCCGCUGUCACCUCUCUCCCUCUGCUCUGCCCUCGCUCAGUUCUACAGCGCCUCGGGGAUGCCCACCAAGCACCUCUCCGACAGUGUCUGCGCCGUCUGCGGCCAGCAGAUCUUCGUGGACGUCAACGAGGAGGGGAUCAUCGAGAACACCUACCGCCUCUCCUGCAACCACGUGUUUCACGAGUUUUGCAUCCGCGGCUGGUGCAUCGUCGGGAAGAAGCAGACGUGUCCGUACUGCAAAGAGAAGGUGGAUCUCAAGAGGAUGUUCAGUAACCCCUGGGAGAGGCCUCACGUCAUGUACGGGCAGCUGCUGGACUGGCUGCGUUACCUGGUGGCCUGGCAGCCGGUGAUCAUCGGACUGGUCCAGGGCAUCAACUACAUCCUGGGGCUGGAGUAAGGGCGGGGAGCCACGGAGCCACGAGAGGACGCGUGCCCAGGGCAGGGGACAGCAGCCAGCUGGGGACGUUGGCUUUUCUCCGUCACCUCUCAGGACCUUGGCCGCCCCUGAGGACUGUGGCGCCGGGGGGGGGGGGGCUGAGGGAGGACUCUGCCCGGGGGCCCCCUCCCAUUAGGGCUGGGGGAAGUAUUUUUUUUUUUUUUUUUUUUUUUUAAAAAAGGCGAUUCUUUUAAUGAGCGUAUUUAAAACUUUCUAUCGCAGAUGAAAAGAGAUGCUUCUCCCCUUUCCCUCCCCGGCCCCCCAGUGUGUGGCUGGGGGGGGCUGUUCUCCAUCUCCCUCCGCUGCCGAAAGGGGGGGAAAAACGAUGGGGAGCGGGCUGAGGCAUCGCCGGCUCCCCAGAGCAGCGAGGAUGGGACACGGGGAAGCAGCCUCGGGGUUGGGCUGCGGAGGAGACGCUGCCUGGGGCGGGGGGGGGGGGGGAAUGGGGGGCUGGAGCCCAGCGCCCCAAAGGAGGGGACACAGGGCCCUUAGUGCCGCGGGCCGGACUCUUGGCUGCCGCGUCCCUUCCCCGCUGCCGUGGGGGUGCGGGGAGGAACCAAGCCGCUCUCCUGCAGCCCCUUUUGGACGCUCCCCUCUUUUCCGUGUUCCUCCCCGGGGGGGGGGCGGGGGGGGGGGGGUCGGGGAUGGGGUCGGGAUGGCAAGAGCAGGUUGCCCCGGGGCUCGGGGGAUCGCUCUUUUUGGCACUAAUAAAAGGGAUGGAGCGAAGGGCAGGGCUGGGCUGGUGCCAGCGUUUCCCUGCCCCGGUGUCGCUCCGCUCCCUUUGCGGUUCCAGUUCCCGGAGCCUUGAGCCUCCGUCCCUUUCGCUCGAAGGACCUUGAGCUCUUUUUUUUUUUUUUUUUUUUUGGCAGCGGGUGGGUGCAGCCCGUGACAGCAGCGUGCGGGGGCGAGGUCCCCGACCCCGGGGACGUUUUGGAGGCGGCAGGGAGGUGGCUCGAGCCGUGGCCCCCCGAGGGUGCCGGGGUCUGGCUGGGGUGGGUGGGGGGGACACACGCGACAAGGGGACACGAGGCCGAGUGUGUGUGUGUGUGUGUGUGUGUGUCCCUCCUUCCCCUGCUCGUGGUGCGAGGGGGGGUUUGGGGAGCAGCGGCAGCUCGGCUGCGUCUCCCCGGGGGAGACCCCGUCGUGGCUGCGCCGCGCGCCCCGCCGAGUCCUUUCGGUUUUCUUUUGGGUGAAACCACGUCACGAUGUUGUGCCAAACAGAAAUAAGAGUCCUGGAAACAGA